AAAAUAAUAGAGAUUCUAAUAUUUAUAUAUUAUUUUGUUAUUUUAAAAUAAUGAAGGGCAAAUUAGAAGACUAUCCAAAACUCUUGGAUGUUAAAGAAAAAUGAAUACACAUGAGUAAGAAAAUGAAGCAGUAAGAAGGAAAUCUGUGCAAGUUACUGCUGGCACACACUUGUUAAUACAUUGUCUUGGAAGAAGUUAGGAACUAGCUGAGGCAAUAGGUCAGGGUGUUUUUUGAAAUUUAAUUUGUAAUUUCACACUGUUUUUGCUUUUACUGAACAAAUGAGCUUUUUCUUCCUGUCUUGUGUAUUUACAUACAUUGAUUUUUCUAAGUCUUAUUUGAAAUAUAUCUUUCUCCAUCUUGUGGAAAAGUAGAACUCACAGGAUUCCUAAUUCUUUCUUUAACGUAAGUUUCGGAAGCAGCAGUCCUUUAUAGUACCCCACCUUGUUCCCUCCUACAAGGCCUUUGAACUAACACUGAAGUUGGGUCCAGGUUGCUUCACCUAGUUUAUUGUCCUCCUGGUCUCAGCUUCAGUAGCUCCGACCUAGGUAAGCUCCUCAGGCUUCUCCCAUCUGGGCUAGGUUAGGCACCCCGGCUCAUACAUGUUACUUUCUAGUAGCUGUACACUUAUAAUAGUUAUUUACAUUUAGUUGUUUAUUAUUGCUGCUGCUGCUAAGUCACUUCAGUCACAUUGCUAGGCCUAUAUAUUAUAAGGUGCUUUAAGGUUUGUUAAUAGUUAUAAGAUCAAUUAAGUGGAUAGGAUAUGACUUUCAGGAGUUUCAUUAGGCUAAUAGACUGUUAAGAAAAAAUGAGAUAGUGACUUAGAAUUCUUCUUGCUCACAGAAGGGUUGUCUUUUAAUUUAUAUUACCCUUGGUGAAUUCUUAAGUCUUCUGGUUAGUUGAAGAAUGGAACCCAAGAGUUCUCUUUUUUUAAAACUUCUGAUGGUGUGUUACAGUUAAUUUACCUUCAUGUGUCGAUUAGGACAGUCUGAUUUUAACAAACCUGAAAAAUAAUGACUUCUGAAAUAAGUGUGGGUAUGUGUGUCUGCUCAGUUGUGUCUGACUUUACGACCCCAUGGACUGUAGCCCUCCAGGCCCCUCUGUUCAUGGAAUUUUCUAGGCAAGAAUACUGGAGUGGAUUGCCAUUUCCUCUUGCAAGGGAUCAUCCUGACCCAGGGGUUGCUGAAAGUAAAUAUACAGACCCAAAACAAAAAAAAAACUUUGUUAAUAUACUGACCAGGAAGAAGUGUAUGAUUGUCUUUCAGUAUACUUGGGUGACUAAUAUGGCUUACUGAAACAAAUUACUGCUUUUACACAAGGCUGCUGAAUUUGUUAUUUUUUUUAACAGGAAUGACUUACAAUCUUGCUCCUGAGUUUUAAAAAAAAUACCAAGCCCUGCCUUCUAUAAGGACUAAGUCAGUUCACUUACAUAAAGAAUUAGCACACUGCUUGAUAUGUAAUAAAUGCUCAGUAAAAGUAGUUAUUUUUUCUUUUGUGCAGUUUCAUAUAGAUGUUUAAAUAGAAAUCUUCAGCUUUUGUUAACUCAAGUGUGCAAGCACUACUCUUGGGACUUAGAGAGGUGCUGACACCAUCUAGCACUGAGGCACUUGGGCAUAGUAACGAACAAGAUAGGUCACUUUUUUCAUGAAGCCUGUAGCUUCUCCCACUUCUGGUGGAUCUGUUGCUUGAGCAUCUCUGAAUUCUGGGGUAGGCACAGCACCAGACACAAAUGCAACAGACCUACACAGAUGGCUUCCCCAGCUUCUAUAAUUACCUAAGGUCAAACUGUACGGUUCCUAGUUGGUCUUUUUCUCUGAUUGAACCCUGAAAAGAAUUUGGUACUAUAACAAAAUGCUUAAACCAUGUAAUGAGCUUUGGGGACUGGGCUUCAGGUGUAAGUUAAAAAGGCCUUGAAGAGAUUGUUAGCAGGAGCCUAAUGUUGGUAAGGAAUAUGAGGAAAAUAUUAUUAGAAUUUGGAAGAAAAGUAACUCCUGUUACAUAGUAGAAGAAAGUUUAACAGUGAUCCUAGUAAGCAUUAACAUGGAAAAUAAGUAUAUCUCAUCAGCUGAGUGAUCUCCCUGAGGAGAUUUCUAGAGAGUAUUGAAGGUGCUAUCUGGGUUCUUCUAGCUGUCUAUAGUAAAUGAUGGAGGAGAAAGACAAGCAAGAGGAAAAAUUAUUAAAUAUAAAUGAGCUACAAACUUUGGGGUUUGAAAAGCAAAGCAAAACUUGUUCAUUCUUAGCCAGUCCAGACAGUUAAAUAGUUGCUCAGUCAUGUCUGACUCUUAGCAGCCCCAUGGACUGCAUGCAGCACACCAGGCUUCCCUGUCCAUCACCAAGUCCGGAGCUUGCUCAGACUCAUGUCCAUUGAGUCGGUAAUGCCAUCCAACCAUCUCAUCCUUGGUCGUCCCCUUCUCCUGCCUUCAAUCUUUCCCAGCAUCAGAAUCUUUUCAAUUGAGUCAGUUUUUUGCAUCAGGUGGCCAAAGAUUUGGAGUUUUCAGCUUUAGCAUCAGUCCUUCCAGUGAAUAUUCAGGACCGAUUUGCUUUAGAAUUGACUGGUUUGAUCUUGCAGUCCAAGGGACUGUCAAGAUUCUUCUCUAACACCAUAGUUCAGAAGCAUCAGUUCUUUGGUGCUCAGCUUUCUUUAUAGUUCAACUCUCACAUCCAUACAUGACUACUGGAAAAAUCAUGGGUUUGACUAGAUGGACCUUUGUUGGCAAAGUAAUGUCUCUGCUUUUUAAUAUGUUGUCUAGGUUGGUCAUAGCUUUUCUUCCAAAGAGCAAGCGUCUUUUAAUUUCACGGCUGCAGUCACCAUCUGCAGUGAUUUUGGAGCCUAAAAAAUAGUCUGUCACUGUUUCCAUUGUUUCUCCAUCUAUUUGCCGUGAAGUGAUGGGACUGGAUGCCAUGAUCUUAGUAUUUUGAAUGUUGAGUUUUAAGCCAACUUUUUCACUCUCCUCUUUCACUUUCAUCAAGAGGCUCUUUAGUUCUUUACUUUCUGCCAUAAGGGUGGUGUCAUCUGCAUAUCUGAGGUUAUUGAUAUUUCUCCCCGAAAUCUUGAGUCCAGCUUGUGCUUCAGCCAGCCAGACAGUAAAUGAUGGUAAAAUUAAGGAGUGAGUUUCAGAUAGAAUCUGCCUGCAAUGCAGGAGACCUGGGUUCGAUCCCUGGGUCAGGAAGAUCCUCUGGAGGAGGGCAUGGCACCCACUCCAGCAUUCUUGCUUGGAGAAUCCCAUGGACAGAGGAACCUGGUGGGCUACAGUCUAUAGGGUCGCAAAGAGUCAGUAGGACAUGACUGAAAUGACUGAGCAUGCCUGCACAGGGCUGGGGUAGAUGGGAAGGAUGCGAGGGUAAAUGAGUCCUGCCUAGAUGGUAAAUUUUUGAAUAAAAUGUUUUAAGCCAUUAAGUUUCACGGUAUUUUGUUACUUAGCAAUAGAUAACUGGAACAGGCAGUAUUAAUAGAACUGAUUACAUAUUGGAAAUAAGAGAAGGAGAAAUUAAAAAUGUUUACCAGAUUUUCUAGGUUAGGAAAAUUUAAUAUUAAAAAAAGCAGUACUAGAUUGUAUUGGCCUGUUUACCCACUUAAAGCAGGAAAAAAAUUACCCAUUUAGACAGUGUUAGCUGGAGUCCUAGCCAUACAGCAUUACUUUAUAGAGGAGAUGAGUAUCUAUGAGACUUCUUUUUUUUAAACAAAGCUUUAUAAUUAGUUUGUUCAGAUAGUAACAUCACGAUUGUUCUUAGGAAACUAAAAUAGUAUCAAAAUAAAGACACUGGAAAAUAGGUUUGGAAGGUUUGGAAGAGAUAUUUCAAUAAGAGCAGUGAUUAAGUACCUAAAAAAUGAUCAUUCUAGCAAUUGGAACUUUAUUAAUCAGCAUCUUUUAUUUUAUUGUUAGGAUGAUACUGAUGUUCAUUAUAAUACCCUGUAUAAAUUUAAUGAUUCUUCUUUGGGACUUUGGCACUUGCUUCAUCAUCAUAUUUGGAAAAGCUCCUGUCUCUGAUAGCACCCUUGCAGUGAAACCUUCUCAGGUUACCCUAAAAUUGCAAACUCCUUACCUGUUUUAUUAUUUUUUUUUCCUUAACAUCUAAUGCCAUCUAACACGCUAGGUGUACUUAUUUGCUUGUUUUUUCUACUUCUAGAAUGUAAUUUCAUUGAGAGAUUUUUGUCAUUUUAAUUCACUAUCACCAGUGGAACAGUGUUGCACAUAGUAGGUACUCCUAAAUGUUUGUUGAAUGAAUAAGGGGAAUUAUAGAGGAAGAUGGCACUGUGUCCUGAGUACUUUGAAUGCAGAAUGCAUUUUAUAGUGUUCAUGUUUUUGGAAAUGAGCCCUCCAGAUGUGAUACAUAUAUGUAGCCCAAAUGCCUCCAAGCCUCAUAACUGGCCCAAGUGGGGCUCUCAUCAAAUAUCUCUGCCCUCAUUUUCUUUUCCCUUACUCUUUUGCCUUUGUCUUAAUCACUCAUUUGGAAAUUUUCAAAGAUUAUACAAAAAAUAGUAAGAAUAAUAUAAUGAACCCCUAUUACCCAUUACUGAUCAUCAAUAAUUACCAAUGUUUGGGCAAUCUUAUUUGAUCUAUUUUUUCCGCUAACUUUUCUGCCCCACUUAUUAAAAAAAAAUUCACCUGAAAAUUCAGAUGCAUUUCUAAAUGUUAGGUACAUUUUAAGAAAAUAGUACCACCAUGUCAUUGUUAUACAUAACAAAUGUAACUCCUGUCAUCUGAUACAUUGUCCAUGAUCAAAUUUCCUCAGUUGACUCUGAAAUAUUUUCAUUUAAAUCAGGAUCCAAACAAGAUUCACAGAUUGCAUUUGACUGUUGUUUUUCUUAAGUCUCGUUUUUUUAUAACAGUUUCCCCAUCUUUUUAUUAAUGACAUAACUUGUUGGUUAAAUAUUGUAUAUCAUUUGCCUUAUAGAAUUUCCCAGUUUUGAGAUUUGGCUGACUGCUUCCUUGAGAUUAAUUUAGCUUUUUUUCUAUUCCUUAUAUUUUCUGUAAAUGGUAUUUAGAUACAGAAGCCUGAUUAAACUCAGAUUCAAGAAUAUUUAAUAUUGGUGCUGUGUAAUUUUUAUUGUAUGGCACCAUGAUAGACCUGAAAACAAUAUAUGAUUGUCUCAAUUUUAGUGAUGGUAAAAUUGAUUAGUAGGUAAUUAACCUGAUUUCAUACUUGAAAAGUUCCCUGUCAACCUCUCACCUAAUGCAUUUAGCAUCCAAUUAUGAUCUUUAUAUUUAUAUCCAUUAUUUCAUUAGCUUUGCAAAAAUGGUGAUUUUCUACAUCUAUUUUUUCGUCCUCAUUUAUUGGCUUCAAUUUUUCUAUGAGUAAGAACUUUAUUAGGUUACAGAAAAAUAUGAUUUGUACUGGAAAAGCAGAAUAAGUGCUUCAUUUUUUUCCAUUUAUUAUUUUUCAGUCUUAAGAGUUGGUUCCCCAGCACGUUCCAAUGUAAUCAGUGGCUUUCUUUUAUUUUUAUGGUACCAUGAGCUCUAGAUUUUAAUUUAUUUUGGUCCAUUCAUCAUUCUUUCUGAUUCUCAAAUUUUCCCAUUUUAGACUAAUGGAAGCCGUUAGAAGUGGCUUGUAUGUUCUUUUGAUGUGAUCUCAUUAGUCCUUGGUAACUUCCUGUUUCUGGUAUAAGAUAUUCUAGGCUCAUCUUGUACAUCUCCUGCCCCAAACCUGGAAUCAGUUAUUUUCCUUCCCUACCUUUUACACUGGAAAUUAGCCAGUGCUCCCGCCUUCAGCAUGAUAGAUCUCAGAAUGUUUUUGUUUCCAUGACACACCAAUUCUGCAAUUAGAGAUUCCAAAGAUGGGUAGUAAGGAACCUCUGUCUCUUCCAUACCCAUGGCUGAAAGGUUGUUAAUAAGAGCACUGAAGGGUGGUAAAAACACUAAAAUUGUUAGCUUAAAUGGAAAGAACAUAACAAAGAUGCCAUCAGCAUUAGAAAAACUGCCUGGUCUGAAGACACUGUACCUUCGGAAUAACCAAAUUUCCAAAAUGUGCCCAGAGAUAAGCAACCUGACCCAGUUGACAGCACUAAAUCUGGGAAACAACCUUUUAGAAGAAGUUCCAGAAGAGAUGAAAUACCUUACAUCCCUGAAGAAGCUCCAUUUGUUUAGAAAUAAGAUACAUAGAUUUGCAUCUGGAGUAUGUGAUGGUUUACAAAGUUUGAUCCUGCUUAAUCUGAACAACAAUCAGCUUACAUGGAUUCCUGGAGAAAUUGGCAGAUUAAAAAAUCUUAGAUGUUUGAGUAUAAAUCAUAACCAGCUAGCCAGCAUUCCUAGAGAACUUUGUUUUCUUGAGAAUCUUUCUGAACUUCAACUUAACUACAAUCAGCUUGUGUGCAUACCCAAAGAAAUUAAGUUCUUGAAGAAGCUCCAGCAGCUUCUUCUGGCCAGGAACAACAUUAAAUCUUUGCCAGAGGGACUUUGUGAUCUUUUCAACCUGAGAAUUCUAGACGUAGCUGGAAAUGUUAUUCAGAUGUUUCCUAAAGGAUUUCAAGAUUUGAAGCUGAGGGAGUUCUACUGUGAGAGAAACCCAAUGUUCCUGAAGCAGCCAACUAGUGCUAUAAAACAGGAGGGCGUCUGGAGUUUACAGGAAAUAACAUCAAGAUUUAUAAUGAAUCAGCUAGCAGAAAAGAAUCUUUUCCUAAUGAAAGCCAUAAAAUGGUACCCACAGGUCAGGAGCAUAAUCUCUCAGGGAAGAAAGUGUGCAAUAUGUGGGAAGUUCUUUUUAACCACAUGGCUGAAAUGUGUUGAGUUUGUUCCUCCAUCAAAGAACUGGAAAAUAAGCAGAAAUCUACAGCUGUUACCUCUUCAAAUAUUAAUUUGUUCUUAUAAAUGUUUUUAUCAACGUAACCCUAACCUCUUUGGAAUUGGUCAGGUGUAGAGCAGGUAAGAAACUCAUUUAGAGCCUCACAUGACUUACCCAUCAGCUCUGCACACAUAGUCAGAUU